GACAGAUGAACCAAUGUACGCUGUUGGCUGUGACAAGCCAUUUGUAAGUCAAACACAGAGCGGAGAAAGCCGAAUAUUUUCAACGCUUUGCUAGUGUACAAUUCGCUGAUUUUUCCAAUUCAAAAGAAGAAUUUGUGUGUUUUGAAAUCAAUUUUGGUGAAACGAAAAUGAAUCGACGACGUGCACAUGGAGAUGACGAUCCUUACGAUCGUCAAAAUCGCAAGAGACGCCGUGUUUCUGAAAAUCAAGAAAUUGAAGAUCGUCUUGAAUCGCUCAUUUUGCGGGUGGGUGAGAAAAGCACAUCAACGCUCGAGUCAAACUUGGAGGGUCUGGUGUCGGUGCUUGAAGCAGACUUGGGAACAUUUCGUCUAAAAAUUUUACGCAUUCUGUCGGAAUGCGCGAUUCGUAUGCCUGAAAAGUGCACCAUCUACACGACAUUGGUGGGUCUGUUGAAUGCCAAAAACUACAAUUUCGGCGGCGAGUUCGUCGAUCAUAUGGUGAAAACAUUCAAAGACAGCUUGAAAAGUUGCAAAUGGGAAUCGGCACGGUAUGCACUACGAUUUUUGGCCGAUUUGGUGAAUUGCCACGUAAUAUCGGCUUCAUCGUUACUCCAAUUGCUCGACACAAUGAUUGAUGUGUCAAAUGAAGAUACGGUGCCACAAGUGCGUCGCGAUUGGUACGUAUUUGCCGUUUUAUCUACGUUACCUUGGGUGGGUCGUGAUCUGUAUGAGAAGAAAGAAUCGGCCUUGGAAAAUUUACUGGUUCGAAUCGAAGUGUUUCUGAACAAGCGCACGAAGAAACAUCAUAAUGCAUUGCGAGUGUGGUCCGUUGAUGCACCGCAUCCACAAGAAGAAUAUUUGGAUUGCCUUUGGGCACAGAUUCGCAAGCUGCGCCAAGACAACUGGGCCGAAAAACACAUUGUUCGUCCAUAUUUGGCAUUCGAUUCCAUCCUCUGCGAGGCAUUGCAGCACAAUUUGCCAGCCAUCAAUCCACCACCUCAUAGCGACAAUUAUGUGUAUCCAAUGCCGUGGGUUGUUUAUCGCAUGUUUGACUACACCGAUUGCCCAGACGGACCAAUUUUGCCUGGAGCACAUUCGAUUGAACGCUUCCUGAUCGAAGAACACUUACACCAUAUCAUCGAAACGCAUCACCUUGAGCGCAAGGACUGUGCAGCCCAUUUGCUGAACUUCCCGUACAAAAGCAAAAUUCCGCUCGAAUACUGCAUCGUCGAAGUGAUUUUCGCCGAACUCUUCCACAUGCCAACACCGCGUUAUCUUGAAAUUUGCUACGGCUCCAUUUUGAUUGAACUCUGCAAACUGCAACCGUCAACAUUGCCACAGGUGUUGGCACAGGCCACCGAAAUUUUGUUCAUGCGAAUAGAUUCAAUGAACACAUCAGGCUUUGAUCGUUUCGUCAAUUGGUUUUCGUACCAUUUGAGCAACUUCCAGAUGAGAUGGUCAUGGGACGAUUGGGAUAGCUGCUUGUUGCUUGAGCCAGAGCAUCCACGACCGAAAUUCAUCCAGGAAGUGUUACAGAAAUCAUUGAGAUUGUCGUACUUCCAACGAAUCAAAGAAAUGAUGCCAGAAGCCUAUGCAAAACUGUUACCAGUUCCACCGGGUCCUGUAUACAAAUACACCUCGGAAGAUGCAGCUUCAUUGCCGGGAACAACAACGGCACAUCAACUUGUGCAGGCCAUUCGGCAAAAAUGUACCGCUGACGAGGUUCUGAACAUUCUGAACGAGUUACCGAAUCCCGAAAGUGACAAUGACAUGGUUGAAACCACAUACAAUCCACUGAAAAUCGACGUCUUCGUCCAAACUUUGCUCAACUUGGGCUCGAAAAGUUUCUCUCACAGCUUUGCAGCCAUUGCUAAAUUCCACCAGGUCUUCAAGACAAUUGCUGAUUCAGAGGAGGCGCAGAUUUGCUUACUGCACAAUGUGUAUGAGCUCUGGGGUAAUCACCAACAAAUGUUAUGCGUGGUGGUUGAUAAAUUGCUGAAGACACAAAUUGUCGAAUGUUCGGCCGUGGCCACGUGGAUAUUCUCCAAAGAAAUGACCAACGAUUUCACCAAAAUGUACUUGUGGGAAAUUCUCCACCUGACGAUCAAGAAAAUGAAUAAACAUGUCAUCAAAUUGGGCACGGAAUUGUCGGAAGCGAAGGACAAGUUGUCUCGCGUCGAAUCAUCGUCGAGCGACUCAGAAGAAGAGGCGACCAACAAGCGAAAGAAGAUUGAAGUUGGCGAAAAACCAUCCGAAGAACUGGUUGAGAAAAUGGAAGAAAAGCUUGAAGCGGCUAAUGUCGACCAAAAGCGUCUAUUUUUGAUUGUAUUCCAACGUUUCAUCAUGAUUUUGUCCGAACAUUUGGUUCGCUGUGACACAGAUGGCCAAGAUUUUGACACCGACUGGUAUCGUUGGACAAUUGGUCGAUUGCAACAGGUGUUCUUGUUGCAUCAUGAGCAAGUACAAAAGUACAGCAGCACAUUGGAAACACUGCUCUUCUCAUCCGAUCUUGACUCACACAUUUUGGAUGUGUUCCAGCAAUUCGUUGCUCUACGGGCGUAGACAACUGUUUCAAUCGCUAUGGAUCCUCACUUGGAAAGAAUAAUCAGAGCAAACGAAGGAAAUAAGAUUUUCAUCAACCUACUUAUUAUGUAAUUCGAAUAGAUUUGUUUCAGAAGACAGAUAAUCAUUUGUAUUAAAACGAAUAUAAUGAAGAAAAGGAAACAUAUGAAUUGGAUAAUAUUUCAUUUAUAUUCCUUCUUUUGCUCUGAUAAUAAUCAAAUUAGAAUUAAGUUCAAAUUAUUCGAAUGAAAAAUGAAUUUUGUCAAGAAGAAGAAAAAAAAAAUGCGAUAAUUUAAUUUCAAAA